AUGAUUUCUCUAUUAUCAUUGGCUACUCUAUUAUUAUGCACUUCGAGUGUUUAUUCUUCCGAUUGGAAGGAUGUUUUCAAACCAAAGCCAUUGCAUGAUCUAUCGAAUCAAUGUCUGAAUGAUACAACUACCUGGAUUGAAUCGCUGGCUAUUUUUGCUACAGUAUCCGAAGGAUGUCUUGCCAAGCAGAACUGCUCGACAAAGGAACUCAAGAUUCUGGAGAAUAAUUUAUAUGCAAUUCAAGAGCUCGAUGCAUUCGGAAAGUUCCCGGUACCCGGAAUGCUGGAAGCUGCCACACUUUACGAUGGAUCUUACCAAGAGUGCAAUAGAGUUAGCGGCAAAAAAUACGACACCAACUACUGUUAUCUAGUUUUGACACCUGGAAAAAAUGCAUCUUGUUCCUCGACAUCUGGUGGAUUACUGUCAAUGCUCCCCAUUAGAAUUGCAGUUUGCUUGCCGGAAUCUUGUGAUCAUCAGGAUAUGGUGAACAUCUUCAACCAGCUUUCUCCAUAUCCAUUCACAGCUUGUUCAGCUUACUGUGCGAAGUUUGAGGUUGAGAAGGAUACCCCGUUUUGGGGAUUCACAAUUUUCAUGAUUGUUAUGAUUGUCAUUGCCUUGGCUGCUACAACUCUAGACUACAUCAGGGACACUGUCUAUGGACUCAAGUCCGAUAAAGAGAGAAAUUUGCUUUUCAAGAUUCUCCUUUCGUUUUCCUUCUGGACCAAUGCCGAACUAUUGCUCUCCGUAAAAGAGCAAAAACCUGGAUUCAUCAAAUCCCUCGACUGCAUCCGGUUAUUCUCUAUGUGCUGGGUAGUAACUGGUCACUCAUUCAUCUAUCUCAUUUUUUCGGACACCUUCAUGCCAGUUAUUGACUUUCCAAAACACUUUUGGAAUCAUCUUCUUCUGAAUGCCUUCGUCUCCGUUGAUACGUUUUUCGUGUUAUCUGGAAUCGUGGUGACAUAUCUUUUCUUCAAAACCAAGCCGAAGAAAAGAAUGGUUGCUAAUCCAGUCACUUGGAUUAUGUUCUACGUUCAUCGCUACUUGAGACUCACUCCCCCAAUCAUGUUGUUCAUUGGCUUCUUCACAGUAUACGCCCCAUACAUCCAAGGAUCCUUUUCUGCAUCCCAAAUGAGUAAGUUACUACAUCCCACUUUCAAAAAUCCAAAUUCAAAAUUUAAAAUCAUUUUAGAUCAACUAGCAGCUCAAGCGGAAUCCUGUAAAACCAAUUGGUGGCAAAACUUGAUCUACAUCAACAAUUUCCCUCAAGAUAUGACUUGCUACGCACCAACUUGGUAUCUAGCUGCUGACACCCAACUGUACCUGGUUGCUCCAAUUGUCUUGAUCGGUCUCUAUUUCUCAUUUGCCGCUGGUACCGGUCUCAUUGUGGCUGGUUGCGUAGGAAGUAUCAUCACAACAUACAUCGUAUUUGGUAUCUAUGGUUUAUCAGCUGAUAUGUUCGGAAAUGGCGAUGUCCAAGAUUUCUUUACUAUCGCUUAUAACAAACCAUGGAUCAGAUGUCCACCGUAUCUUGUUGGAAUGCUUACUGGCUAUCUGCUUGGAGUCUAUGGAAAUCGGAAAAUCCGACUAAACUGGGCGGUGUGUGUUGCUGCAUGGCUUGUGGCAUUUGUGAUAGCCGCAUUCUGUCUAUUCGCCACUUAUGAUUACGAUAAAGGAUCUCACUGGAGCGUGUUCACCAGGGCCACAUUCUACAAUUUCCACCGCUUGGGAUGGGGAAUUUUUAUUUGCUGGGUAGUUGCAGCAAAUCACAUGGGAUGGGGAGGACCAAUCAGCAAUUUCAUGUCUCAUCCAAUGUGGCAACCAUUCGGAAGACUAUCCUACUGUGCAUACAUUGUUCAUUGGGUUGUUCUAUUCUACUUUUUGAACGUUGGUGGUCACCCAAUUCAUUAUUAUUCAGCGUGGGAAGUGGUAAGUGAUAAGAUAACGAGACUUUUUGAUUAUUUUUUCACCUACACUUCCAUCCCAGCAACACUUCUCUCCUACAUCUUUGCAUUCUUCUGGAGUUGCUUUUUUGAGAUUCCAACUUUGAAAUUGGAAAAAAUGUUGAUUGAAGCAAUUCUUGGUACUGGUAGAACAUCAGCAAAAUUGGAGCCGGUUGGAGAAACAGGAAAAGUUACUCCAAUUCUAGAGAAAAAAGUGGAAGAGAAUAGCUGGAUCGAAGAAAUAAAGGAGGAUGAAAACACUAAAGUCUAA